AUGGCGGAUUGGCUGGGACGUCAGCGCUGCCAGCGUGGAAACGGCAGCGGAGGCGCAGGAGGCGGAAGUGGGACGUGGGACCGUCCGGCCGCCCUCGGAGCCUGCCGCUCGUCCCGAGUCAUGGACAUCUCCCUGGAGAAGAUGGUUGACCCUACACUAGCUGAAAUGGGAAAAAAUCUUAAUGAAGCAAUGAAGAUGCUAGAGGACAAUCAGAGAAAAGCAGAGGAAGAAAAUGAAAAGAAGUAUGCACCAAGAGAUAUUCCAGGACCACUCCAGGGCAGUGGGCAAGAUAUGGUGAGCAUUCUGCAGUUGGUUCAGAACCUUAUGCAUGGAGAUGAAGAUGAAGAACCCCAGUGUUCCCGACUCCAAAAUGUUGGAGAACAAGGCCAUAUGGCUUUGUUGGGACACAGUCUGGCAGCAUAUAUUUCAGUACUGGAUAGAGAGAAGCUGCGAAAACUUACAACCAGAAUACUUUCAGAUACCACGUUAUGGCUUUGCAGACUUUUCAGGUAUGAAAAUGGCUCUGCCUAUUACCAUGAAGAUGACCGUGAGGGCCUCUUAAAGGUCUGUAGGCUUGUUAUUCAUACACGCUAUGAAGACUACACAGUGGAAGGAUUCAAUGUAUUAUAUAAUAGACAGCCAGUUAUAUAUGUUAGUGCUGCGUGUAGGCCUGGCCUGGGCCAAUUCCUUUGUAAUCAGCUUGGCUUACCUUUAUCCUGCUUGUGUCGUGUACCCUGUAAUACUAUGUUUGGAUCCCAACAUCAGAUGGAUGUUGCUUUAUUGGAUAGAUUGAUCAAAGAUGACAUGGAGAGUGAAAAACUGCCCCUCUUGCUUGUUGCAAAUGCUGGUACCCCAGGAGCAGGGCACACAGACAAGCUGGGACGUUUGAAAGAACUUUGUGAGCAGCAUAACAUGUGGCUCCAUGUGGAAGGAGUGAAUUUAGCAACUUUGGCAUUAGGCUACAUCUCUUCUUCAGUACUGGCUGCAACCAAAUGUGACAGUAUGACCCUGACCCUAGGCCCAUGGUUGGGCUUGCCGGCUGUUCCUGCAGUGACGCUCUACAGGCAUGAAGAUCCAUCUUUGUCACUGGUUGCAGGGCUUACAUCAAGUCAGCCAGUGGAGAAACUUCGUGCCUUACCACUGUGGUUAUCUUUGCAGUACUUGGGACUUGAUGGGAUUGUGGAAAGAAUCAAACAUGCCUCUCAGUUGAGUCAAAGGUUGCUGGAAAGCUUGAAGAAACUGGACUUCAUCAAAACUUCGGUGGAAGAUGAACUUACCUCUCCAGUGGUAGUAUUCAAAUUUUCCAAGGAAAUUCCAAGUUUGGGAUCAGAUAAAGCAGUGCAUGGAACAGUAGUGCCUACCAUGCAGCCCUCAACAACUAGCCAGGAAAGAGACAUCUGCGAUACAUUUAACCAAUGGCUUGGCGAGCAGCUGGCACAGCUGGUUCCUGCUAGUGGGGUGGAUGUCGUGGAACUGGAAGAUGAGGGCACAUGCGUACGGUUCAGCCCACUCAUGACAUCAGCAGUUCUAGGAACUCAAGCAGAUGAUGUUGAUCAGCUGGUGGCAUGCUUAAAAACCCAGAUUCCAGUUCUGACCUGUACAAUACAACUUCGAGAAGAGUUCAAGGAAGAAGUGGCAAGAACAGCAGGCCUCUCACACAUUGAGGACUUGGGGUGGCCUGGGUUAGGUGUAGUCAGGUAUGAACACAUAAUUGAAGAGAAGAUUAAUGAGAAAUCAGAAGCAGAAGUAGAGAAAAUCAAUACUGAAAUCCUGAAAAAAUUAAAUGAACUGGAAUCUGACCUUUCAUUUUCACUGGGCCCUGAGUUUGGAAGACAGAAGAACUGUAUUUAUAUUGGUAUGGCACCUGAGGACCUGGAUAUUUCUGAGUUAGUUGAGACCAUCGCAGCCACGGGCCGAGAAAUAGAGGAAAACUCAAGGCUACUGGAAAACAUGACUGAAGUUGUUCGGAAAGGAAUCCUGGAAGCACAGGUUCAGCUACAGAAAGCAAAUGAGGAACGCCUUUUGGAAGAGGGAGUGCUACGGCAGAUCCCCGUUGUUGGAUCAGUACUGAAUUGGUUUUCUCCAGUUCAAGCUUCACAAAAGGGAAGAACUUUUAAUUUAACAGCAGGUUCUUUGGAAUCCACAGAACUCACAUAUGCUUCCAAGGUACAAGGUACAGGGACUACUCCACCUCCAACCCCCUUAGCCAGCCGCACCAAACAAAGACUCCCAGGUCAAAAACUUUUUAAAAGAUCUUUAAGAGGCUCAGAUGCCUUUAGUGAGACAAGCUCAGUGAGUCAUAUCGAAGAUUUAGAAAAGGUGGAACAACAGGCCUCAGCUCACUCUGGUGGGGAAGAACAGGGGGCUCUAAACCUCAACAACACUGAGCAGCAGAUUGGGGAUGCUAUCCCCCAGGCAACAACCCAAACUGAGGCAAUUCCAAGGGAUGGAUCUCAGCACCUGGACAAUGACUGCACUCAAGUAGAAGAACAAGAAAGUUUAAGAUAAAAUUCUGACUUCAUGGAUUAAGACUGUAUUCCCUAUGUUCCAGGGAUGGUAAGGAUACAUAUAAAAUGUGAAUGGUGCCACAUUAGGACAGUAAGAACUACUGCAAUUCGUAAUUAACUGGGAUUCUUGCACAAAAGUGUGACCAAAAACCGGGCUUUCUCAGUGGUGGUCAACUCAUUUUGUGGCUGUUGCUUUAACCCUACACAUCUUUAGCAGUGCUGAGAAGUUGAAAGAGAAUUUUUUUAAGUUGCUUUAAAUUACUUGCUAUUUAUUUACAAGCAACAGUUACAACUUUAGGUGUGUCACUUGAAAUAAUUGCCCUGAUCCUUCUAACACAAGCUUAAGCGAUUGGGUUGCACAUGGUUGCUUCUUGAUAAACACUUCUCUUUUGCAACUACUCCAGGCUGCUGCUCAAUGAACUUCCGUCCUUCAGGCAAAGAUAGCACAUCGCUUGCUAGAAACUCACAUGGCCUUUUUGGCUGCCUCUGGUUAGUUGGUGGUUUUGUUUUAUGGAAUUGUAGCAUUUUCACAUCAAAUUGGUCUUGUGACAUACGUCUUUUGUUUGAAGGAGUGGGUUUAAAUGCUCUUGUAAAUAUGAAUGCCUGAGCCCCACCUGUCAUGCCCCACUGCUGUGUGUCCCGGAGACUUAAGCAGGGACUGUGUCCACUCUACCAAGGUGUUCUGACAGGACUGUCAAGCACGUUAGAAUGGGCAGCACUUCAGUCUGAGACUUUUUUCUCUGCCAUAAAUCCAUUUUCUCCCCUAUGCACUAUUUGUAAACAGAUUAUUAAAUGUAUAGAGCAACCAUAACUGAAGUCUCUUUCCCAUGUAUAUUUUUACAGGUGGAAGUUAUAAAUUAACAAACUGAAACACAGAUUGUGCUAGUUUUUGUUUUCCUCUGAUUAACUUAAAAGUCUGGUAGCUAUGUAUGAAACCAAAUCUUAUGCGCUGUAGCACACAACCUACAAUUUUAAUUUAAGUAUAACUUCAUCCUUUACCAGAAAUUGACUCAGAGGCUUUUUUCAGUUACAUUUCCCUGUUGGACUCAAAAAAAAAUUUUUUUUUAAAUUUAAAACAACAACAAAAAAAAGGUACAGAACCAUGAUCUUCCCCAGAUGAGAGCUGGUCUGCCCUUGAAUUUAAAAUGGAAACAGUCUACAAAACACUACUCACCUUAACUUUUUAACACUUCUGAGUACUACAUUUACAUAUUUGGUGGCCCUUUUGCCUUUUUGCCUACUAGAGUCAGGCAACAAUAGACUAUUCUUAAGGUAUACCUUUAUUCAUGUUUCACAUUAGGCUUGUUGAUUUUAGUUUGGGGAGCCUUAGUUAUACCAUAUUAAACCUAUAAUUACUUUCUGAUUUAAUGUGAUUCCUGACAUUUGGCACUCGUCUUAAAAGUACAAUUUUUCACUUGAGCAGAUGAUUAAAAGGCAAAUGGUCUUCCUUAUCAGUUUAUUUGGUGCAAUGAAGUAUAUUAACUCAUAAGAAUUGGGGGAUAAAAUUAUCUAUAAAUAAAUUAAUUUUUAAUGUUUUUAUAUUUGGAAUUGUUAAAAUGGUUUGUUUUUGCUGAAAUAGAACUUCACCCUUUAGAUACUAUUUGAAUGUUGGAUUCAAUAAAGGUUCUUGAAAUAAUUGUUACAUACGAAUUCAGUUCAUAUACAAUAAACCU